AUGUCCUUCCUCGGCCUCGGACGCCAGCAGCCCACGUCGGAGCAGAAAAUCGCCGCUGUCGAAGGCGAGAUGCGCAUGAUGGCCGACACCUACAACCGGCUGCAGAAGACGUGCCAGAAAAAGUGCGUUCCCGCCGACUACCGCGAGGGCGAGCUCAACAAGGGCGAGUCAGUGUGCCUGGACCGGUGUACCGCCAAGUUUCUGGACACUUCGAUGAAGGUCAGUGAGAUUAUGCAGCAGCAGGGGCAGCAGGCUCUUGGGGCGGGACCCCAGGCCGCCGGCGGUUUGUUCUGA